AUGGAUCCUUUUACCGCUUCCUUUGGUGUGUUCAAUGCUACCUACCACGCCGUCCUCUUCAGCAUCGAUGUCGACCAAGUCCCCUCCCGUGUGCGUCGGAACCUCGAACUCGUUCAAAGAUGUCAUCGAGAUUUGCAACACCUCAUUGAGAUACGAAAUGAAUGCCUUCCGAUCCUUGAAAAGACGACUAUAGUCUUAAAUCGUGUCAACGAAAUAAUUGAGGCGGCAAACCAGGGCCUCGUUGAGGUCUGCGAACUUGUCGAGAAGUGUCGACCGGAUGCCUACAAUGGCAAAAUCCCUUUGAGAAACAGACUAGAAUGGGUCUUGUUCGAUUCAAAAGAGUUCACAGCGCAGGAACCAGUAAUCAGUCGCCAUCAUGCUUCUGUACUGUCAGAGAUGAACUUCUUGCGACAAAUGGCACUUCUAGCUCCUCAAAUGCAACAGCAGAAGACUGUGCCCACAAGCGAAAUCAGGGAAAAGACUAAAAUAUUCGAUAACGUCGCCUUGCUGGGUAGCUUAAUGGGACAAAUGGCUCUCUCAGGAGGAAGCCCACAAAACCAUUCACCUUCUCAAUCGAAGGAAAACAAAUCUGCGUCACAGAUUCCCCACGAUUCGAGACCGGCUGAGUCUCCGCGAGCAUGUUGUCCACCUCAGCAGCCAGUACAUAAAACAAACUUGACACACACAAAAGCUUCACACGUAAACAGCUUGAAUCCUAAAAUUAUACCUCAUACUUCAUCGCACGAAUAUAAGGCCUCAUAUGACCCAUCUUUAAGGCCACACAAAUCAACGCAACCUUUGGUUCAACCGCGGCUCCAGAGUCCAGCAUUAGACCAUAGUUACAACACCAGUCUGGAGGGCUCUCAGUCAUCGUUUGAUCUUCAACGACAGUCAUACUUGCAUGCAAACCAAGGAGAGCAUAACUUGAUUGGAACCUCGGUAAACUGUUAUACUCGCCAUGAGGCGUCUAUUCCACACUCUUACGGUUCUGAUCCUUCACGCCAAAUCGCACCAACGUCUCCUUCGACUCCAUCUAUAAACAGACCUCGAGAAUCUAUCAGUUGGAGAAACUUGCCUAUGACAUCUGAACAGGCCAAAAAUAUGAAUCAGCCCGCGAAGGGAAACUUUGGACCACACUCACACGUGUCCCAAUAUGUCCACGGGGCAGAAGCAUCGCGACCAACCCCCGGCGAAACAACUCCUUUCAACCAGAAAUACGCUAAGCCCCAAGAGAAAAUCCUUGAGAUACCAUAUCUCCAAUCUAGAUCAGUAAUUUUAUCAGAGAAUGGCUGGGCUUCCCCAGAGCGUACACACGUUUGGGCAAGUCCAAUCCAAUCGAACGCAACUUGGGACACUGAUUCCUCCACAUUGGAAAGCCCUUCCCCAACUUUUACGGCGUUUGAUGGAAUGUCGACUGUAACCCUUAACACAAUACAAAACGAGGCUACUUCUUCCUAUGACCACAGUUUCGACAGGUCAAAGUCUUUCAAUCAAUCUACACAUACCAGUAUCCCGAGAGAUGUGCGCGCCCAACAACAAACACCGAUGCCUAAUCUAGCAGAGCCACUAAACCGAUGGCAACCAACAGAACAUGAAAACGUUGCUCAGCCAUCACUUCCACGAUCGCAAAGUGUGUCAACUCGUCCGGCCCUCGUUUUCGGUUCAGCAUUCGACGGCUUAUACUCAAGCCGGAUUAACAAUCCGGUAGAGCCUUCAUUGAGGAGAUCACAAUCUGAAGUUCAGAGGCCGUUCCAUACCUAUGAAACGGAUCAAUUUGUAGUGAUCGGAAGUGUGCCGGAUUUUCUCGGACGCAACAAUGAGAGGCACUCCAGUGUCUACGCAGACUCGGCACACUAUAAACCCACAGGAGCAGUUCAUGUAUAUGAGGUGGAUUCUACCCCGACUGUAAAGAGAAUCCCUGAACUUCCGUGA